UCUUUGAAGCUGGCGGGCUGGGGCCCACACUGACUCCAGUGAGUUUUCAGACCGACCGCCGUGGAAAACAAGUCUGCCUUCGGCACUCUGGUCCUGAAAGCUUCGUAAGAGGGGAAAGUUUUGAUUUUACAGUAGCUUCGCUACUUUCCGGGCUCCUUACUUUUUUUUUUUUUUUUUUGCUCGUAGAAACCAAUGUGAGAUAGUGAUUGGACUUGACAAGCCCGCUGCGCUACUGUAUCCACCCCCCCACCCUUCUCUCCCCGUUCCACACAACCAGGAAAUAGUCGAGGUGUGCUUCGCUUAUCCCGCUAGUUGCUACCCCGUUUGCGGGUGUAGAUGCGACUUUACCCGCUUCAGAGACAUUUCGUGGUCGUUUUUGGUUUUUUUAUAUUUUUUUUGGUUCGGCUAGUUUGGCUUUAAUCCGCUUUCAAGUGAGUCAAAGUUGCCCGCGAGGAGAAGAGCUCCACUCCGGCCAAACAAUGAGAUUGAGAGCUGCCCUGAAUAUUAGCCGUAAAUACAAGGUACCAAACAAGGACCCGUACGGAGAUAUUUCCAAAGUCACAUCAAAAGUGAGAGACUGUCGAUUGAGUGCUGCUGGCAAUUUGCAUUGCCACCAAGAAAAAGCAGCAAACAGGUUUCUACUCUGGGCACCCAAGCAUGGAUCGGGUACCCGGCACAAAACCUAUGCGCAGGUUCUUCUGGAGGAUACCGAUCAUGAAAGUACCACAUCUCUUGUGGAGGAUUCCAGAGCCUGGAUAUCUUGCUAGGCUUGCGACUUUUGCAUGAGUCGAGUAUCUGCCAGGCUCGGGCCACUGUGAUGAUCUACGAUGACGGCAAUAAGAAGUGGCUGCCGGCAGGUGCUGGAUCCCAGACCUUCAGCAGAGUCCAGAUCUAUCACAACCCCUCCAACAAUGCCUUCCGAAUAGUGGGACGCAAGAUGCAGACAGACCAGCAGGUGGUUAUAAACUGUCCUAUUGUGAGAGGGUUGAAGUACAACCAGGCCACACCUAAUUUCCAUCAGUGGCGGGAUGCUCGGCAGGUGUGGGGGCUCAACUUUGGCAGCAAAGAGGAUGCUGCGCUCUUUGCCAAUGGCAUGACACAUGCUCUGGAGGUGCUCAACUCCAUGGCAGAUGCAGGCUAUGCAACCCUUCCGCGCCCGAUGUCAAAUGGUCCAUCUCCUGAAGAGAUCGAGCAGCAAAGGAGGUUGGAGCAGCAGAGGCUUGAACAGCAAGAACGGGAGCGACAUGAGCGAGAGUGUCAAGAAAGAGAGAGAUUGGAGAGAGAGAGACAAGCUGCAGCAGCACCUGUUCCUCCUGCUCCACCUAUGGGCCCUGGGGACCUUGCUCCUCCACCUGCGCCUCCCCCACCACCAGGGCCUCCUCCACCACCAGGGCCUCCUCCACCACCUGGGCCUCUUCCAGCUGCUAGUGCUCCUCCGCCUUCAGGACCCCCAUCAGCUGCACCCCCACCAGGAGGACCACCGCCUCCCCCACCUCUGCCAUCAGAUUUAGGGAGCCAAGGUGGUGGUGGAGCCGGGGGCUUGGCUGCUGCCUUGGCAGGAGCGAAACUUCGUAAACUAUCUAAACAGGAGGAUGGAUCUGCUGCAGCUCCAGUGGGCAGAGCAGAUUCCAGUCGCAGCAGCAACUCUUCUGUUGGAGGAGGUGGCGACCUGAUGGGUGAGAUGAGUGCCAUCUUGGCCCGAAGGAGAAAAGCAGCUGACACUGGAGAGAAAGUCCCUAUGAAGACACAAGACAAUGAGGAGCCGGAGCCUCAAAGUCAAACUGAGAUCAUAAGAAGACCUUGGGAGAAAUCAUCCACUAUGACCAGGAAUAACUCCAUUCCCAAGAGCAUGGAUUCCACCACCCCCUUGUCCCAAAGUUCCAGGGUGAAGCCUGCAAACAACAGUAAUGACACAAGUGGAGUAGAUGACUCGGAUUUAGAAAAAAUGAAACAGGAAAUCCUUGAGGAGGUGCGAAAAGAACUUCAAAAAGUAAAGGAGGAAAUCAUAACAGCCUUUAUUCAGGAGUUGCAAAAGAGAAGCACAUAGCUGAUGCACGUCUGGUGUAGCAGAGGGAUGUGAUAGAUGGAGGCCUGCUGGGACCUUUGCUCUACUGCACCAUCUAAUGUAGCCCAGGGAUUUCUCAUGUUCUCUUCUCUCCGUCUCCCACAAGCAUUGCUUUCGUGUCACCAUGCAUACAUACUCUUCAUGUAAAUGGUAACCCAGGGAACCUCCUCAGGCCACCAUCCAAGUUGUUCAAAGAUCACUCACUUUUAUGGCGAUCCUGUCUCCCCCGUUCAUUUGUCCUAUUUCCAAUGUGUCCUCUAUGAGAAUCAGUUGAGAGUUACAGCUGCAGCCACAGUACGGCUUUGUUGUCAUCGUUAAUUUUCAUAUCGGGAGUCUUUCUGCUACUUGCGUCCUCUUCUGACAGUUGCAUUUACUGAUAAAGCAGUAUUCAGGGAUGUGUUAUUUGCCACAUUUUUACUGUAACAGCAAGAUGCUGGAAUGUUGGGAUUUUGCGACUCUGCUUUCUCUCAGCAUACAACACCUCAAAAACAGCUAUACUUCUGUCAGAUGUAAACUGGUAGAUUAUUUCAUUUAAUGCUAAUUGGAAGACAGAAAAUAAAUAAUUAGGGACUGAGCAGAGAACCCAACUCCCUGACUUCUGCCGUGUCUUUACACCACGUGGAUUUACUUCUCCCGGCACAGCACAGCACAGCACAAAAAGCCUUCACUACUGCAGGAAGAACCGAGCAAAUGGAUGCUGAUGGACUACCAGAUUGCUGUGAAUGAGGAUUGUGUUGUUGUUUUAUGAUGUGUGAGAAAUGUAUUCUCUUUGCAUUGCACUUGUUCCAGAGUAAAGUGUGAGCAUGUGCCACACUGCCUUGACAGACUUCCCCCCCCCCCCCCCCCUCACAGUCUAAAUGAAAUAUUUGUUGCCCAGUGCAGUGUUCCUAAACUGCUUCUGCUGGUUAUUUUCUUCAAUUCUUAGCUAUAUUUUCUACUUUUUUGAAAAACAUGGCCAUCAAUAGGUCAAUUAAUUUGGCCAUGACCAACUGCCUUGAGAAUGAAUAUAUAAAUGGAUAGAUAUAUUUGUUUUGAGGGAAAGUGCUAGUGCAAAUGAACUGGUUUUUAUAUAUUAAUUAAAAUGACUGGUGAAUGGGGAUUUAGUUUUUCCUUUUGAUUGUUAUUUUGGGUUCAUGGUUUCUUUUUCUAAUAGAAUCUAGGCUUUUUACACUGAAAUACAAAGAAAACUGCUUAGAGACACUGGAUUAGAAAUGCCUUUAUAGUCGAAUACAGCUGCUUCUUGAAAUGCA